UGUGUGUGUGUGUGUGUGUGUCGGGGUGUGUGUGUGUGUCGGGGUGUGACGCAGGCCGGGCGGUGUGUGUGUGUGUGUGUGUGUGUGUCGGGGUGUGUGUGUGUGUCGGGAGGGCGGGGCCGGGGCUGAUGUCAGCGGGCCGGGAGCGGAGCCUUCACACGCCAGCGGCGGGGCGGGACGGGCCGGGCCGGCGCCUCCAUCUUGGGCUGCAGCGGCCGCGGGGAGCCAGGUCCCAGCUGGAUCACGGGGUUGACAUGGGAAGGGGCCUGGUGACGUCACAGCCAGUUCAGCCAACGAGUAUCCAGCUCUGUGGCCCCGCCAUGGCCCCGGUGCUGGAGCUCUCGGACGCCGCUCACGCCCGCUGCCUGCUGGUGGAGCUGAAUGAGCAGCGGCUGCGGGGCCAGUUCUGCGACGUCACCAUCAUCGCCGAAGACACCAAGUUCCCGGCCCACAAGAACGUGCUGGCGGCUUCCAGCCCCUACUUCAAGGAGGUGCUGUCGGAGGAGCCGGCCGGCUGCCAGCCGGCCCAGGUGCUGGAGCUGCCCGACAUCCAGGCCGGGGUCUUCUCUGACAUCCUCAACUUCAUCUACCGCUCCCGCCUCUCGGUGCCCAGCCCGGCCGCCGCCCAGCAGAUCGGAGCCGCCGGGCGCCGCCUCGGCAUCUCCUGGCUGGAGAACCUGGACCCCGCCGCACAAGCCAAGGAGAUGAGCGAGCCCUGGAGCCCCGAGGCCGCCGGAGACACCUCGGCCUCCUCCCCGAGAUCCUGCGCCUCCCCCGUGGACCUGACCUGCCCGUCGCGGCCGGCCGCCAGCCCCGUCUGCCUCCAGGAGCCGGCCCGGCCGCCCAGCCCGCAGCGGGAGGUGGACAGUGAAACUGAGACGGCGAAGAUCCUCUACGCCCUGAGCACGGCGCCCGCCGAGCCGGGCGCCCCAGACUGGGAGCGGGAGCGUGGCGCCGGAGACCCCCCCCCCGCCGCCGGGAGCGAGCCGGCGCCCUCCUCUUCCUCGCCGGCGGGCAGCGCCUUCCGCUGCGGGCUCUGCAGCCGCUCCUUCGCCACGCCGGCCGCCCUGAGCCUCCACCUCAAACUGCACCGGAGCCGGCGCUCCCUCUCCUGCCGCCACUGCGGCAAGAGCUUCAUCCACGUCAAGCGGCUGCAGACGCACGAGGUGCUCUGCAAGGAGGCGGGCGAGGAAGAGGAGGAGCCGGCGGCAGCGGGCGGCUCGGAGGCUCCGGCCCCGCUUCCUCCCGCCGCUCCGGCGCCGCCCAAGCCGGCGUCUUCCAAGAAAGGGCUUCUCUUCCGCCACCGGGCCCUGCAGCGGCUGGAGUAUAUCCCGGAGCAGGACCACUUCGUCAAGGUGGUGGACGGGCACGUCAUCUACUUCUGCACCGUCUGCGAGCGCUCCUACAUGACCCUCUCCAGCCUCAAGCGCCACUCCAACGUCCACUCCUGGCGGCGCAAAUAUCCCUGCCGCUACUGCGACAAAGUCUUCGCCCUGGCCGAGUACCGCACCAAGCAUGAGGUGUGGCACACCGGCGAGCGCCGGUACCAGUGUGUUUUCUGCUGGGAGACCUUCGUCACCUACUACAACCUGAAGACCCACCAGAAGGCCUUCCACGGCAUCAACCCGGGGCUCAUCUCCUCCGAGAAGACGCCCAACGGGGGCUACAAGCCCCGGCUCAACGCCCUCAAGCUUUACCGCCUCUUGCCCAUGCGCUCCCAGAAGCGGCCCUACAAGACGUACAGCCAGGGCCUGCUGCCGGAGGGCCUGCUGCUGCCCCCGCCGCAGCCCCUCCCCGUGGCGCUGGGCGUGGGGGACGCCGGCCCCGGCGGGGAAGCGGGGCCCGCCUUUGGGGCCGCCCAGGCCUUGGAGCCGCCCGAGGCCGAGCGAUUCCUCCGGCCGGCGCCGGCCGAGCAGCGCGAGCCGGGGCCGCCCCCUUUGCCGGUGGAGGAGGCGCGGCGGGCGCCGGCGGAGGGCGAGGCCCCGUCGGUCAUCGCCUACGGCCACCCGGCCUCCUCAGUCAUUGUGCACAGCACCUCGGUGGUGCCGGCGGGAGGCGGGGGCGGCCAGGCCUCCUCGGUCAUCACCUUCAACAGCGCGCCGGCCGCCCCCCGCCCCGCCCCGGCCGAGCCCCUCAAAAAACAAGUGCUGAAGGAAUACAUCCAAGCCCAGAAGGUGGCUGAGCAGGCCGCGGAGCAGGCAGGCGGCGGGGAGCCGCCCAAACCCCGCAGCCUGCGGCCCGGCCGCACCAUGACCUACAUGGCCAAGCCGGCCUACGUUGGGGCCGCCUCGGAGAGCCGCAGCGCCCCGCUGUGCCAGAUCACGGUGCGCAUCGGCGAGGAGGCCAUCGUCAAGCGGCGCAUCUCCGAGACCGACCUGAUGCUGGACAAGAGCCCGCGGGGCCCCAAGCGCUUCGAGUUCGGGCCGGCCGAGAAAGCGGCUCCCGGCAAACGCGCCGGCGGCUCCUACGCCAACAACGAGAGCGGCGAGGAGGAGAGCGACCGGGACGCCGAAGACCAUCUCUGGCGUCCGUACUACACCUACAAGCCCAAGCGCAAGGCCUGCGGCUCCGGCGGGACCAGCUCUGGCGUCCCCAAGGUGAAGCGCUCUUCCCGGUGGCGCCGCAAGCUACGCUCCCUCCGCUGGAUGAAGCGGGCGGAGGAGGAGGAGGAGGAGGAAGGGGAGGAGGCCAGCCUGGCGCCCGCCCCCGCCUCGCCCGUUCCCGGCGGCUCCGACGCCCCGGCGCCCGAACCGGCGCACAAGGCCGGGCGCGGCAGCGCCGAGUGGAAGCACGAGUGCGGUGCCUGUGGCAAGCUCUUCUCGGCGCUGAAGAAGCUGCGGAAACACGAGCGGGUGCACGGGCGGCCGGACAAGGACGAUCCGGCGCCGGCUCCGGCCCACCGGGUGGGCCGCAAGCCCUCGGUCAAGUUCACCUGCACCCACUGCGCCAAGGUCUGCAAGACGGCGGCGGCCCUGAGCCGCCACGUGAAGCGGCACGAGGGGGAGAGCCGGGAGCCCGGCCCGCCCGCCAUGACCACCGUCAUUGCCUAUUCCAAAAAGCCGGAGGAGCCGGAGCCGGCGCUGACGGCCGUCAAGGAGGAGAUCACGCAGGAGAUGCAGGUCUCGUCGUCCAGCGGGGAGCCGCCGGCGGCGGAGGCCGGUCGGGCCCGCGCCGCCGGCCAGCCGGCCACGCCGGAGAGCCAGGGGGCAGCGCCGCCCCGGGAGGAAGAGGUGAUGCCCCCGGAGACGGGCGGGCCAGAGGAGGUGGCUGCCCCGCUAGCCGAAGCCACCACCAGCCGUGCCGAGCUGGCCCCGGCCCCGCCCGCCCCCCGGGCCGCCCUCUCCUUGCAAGACCCUGUCAUCUCGCACACCAGCCCGGCCCCGGCGCCGCCCGACCAGGAGGAGGCGGGCGGCUACCCGGAGCGGUACCCGGUGCAGGAGUACCCCCUGCCCCUGCUGGCACCGGGGGGCUGCCGGACCCGCAAGGAGGCGGAAGAGAAGCCUGCCUUCCUCGCCUACCCCAGCCCCGUCCCCUUCAACGCCGUGGGCAAGGCCGGAGACGGGGAGGGCAAGGUGAGCUUUUACCCCGACCCCUACCCGCUCAUGUACGGGCACCAGCUCCUGGCCGCCUACCCGUACAACUUCACCAACCUGGCCGCCCUGCCCGUGGCGCUGAACAUGGUCCUGCCGGACGACAAAGGCCAGCCCCUGCCGUUCCUGCCCAGCGUCUUCGGCUACUCGGUGAACCCGUGCCGCAACGAGGCCCAGGACGGGGCCGGGGCCAGCAGCGGGGCGGGGGGCGGGCCGGCCCUUCCCCGGGGAGGGGUCCGGGGGGAGCCCCCGGCCCCCGAGCGCCUGAAGAAGGGAAGUUUCCUGUGAGGGGCGGGGGGGGGGGAAGGUUGCCGGAGCUGGGCUCUGUGAUAUGGGGGUGAGGCGGGCCGGAGCCUGGGCGGGGAGUGGAGGGAGGGGCUAUUGAGGCCCCCCCCCCCCCCCGGAAGUGUGAUGUGAGGACCUGGGCUGUGAGCUGUCACUCCCGAUGGAGCAGCCCUGCCCCCCAGUGACUUCCGGGGAACCCCUCCCAGUCCCCCCCCCAACCCCGAGGGGUGCCAGAGCCCCAGCCUCACAGCUGGCACAUCUGGGGGGGCAGGGGGUUGUUACCCCAAGGGAGGGGCUCCCCCCAUAACGCUGAGUGGGACCAAUAUGGGGGAUGGGGUACCCCAUAUGCCCCCCAGAGAGUAAGGAGGUGGUUUGGGGCUGGAGGAGCCCGGCUGCGAGGGUGGGGGGGGGCACUACAGUUUUCCCCUCCCAGAAUGCACUGCAAAUACCCCUACCCCCACUGCAGCCCGGCUUCCUGCCCCGGGCAGUCCCCCCACCUGCCGCUGUCCUCAGCUUCCUGUCCUGGGCCCCCCAUUCCCCUGCCCCGGACACCCCAUGCACCCCCCAUUCCCUUGCACCAGGCACUUCAUGCACCCCCCCAUUCCUCUGUGCUGGGUACCCCAUGCACCCCGUGUUCCCCUGUCCUGGUCACCCCUUAUUCCCCUGCCCUGGGUACCCCAUGCACCGCACAUUCCCCUGCCCCGGGCACCCCAUGCACCCCAUUCCUCUGUGCUGGGUACCCCAUGCACCCCCCAUUCCUGUGCCCUGAGCACCCCAUGCACCCCAUUCCUCUGUGCUGGGCACCCCAGGCACCCCCUAUUCCCCUGCCCCGGGCCCCCCCUUUCUCUUGCCCUGGGCCCCCCGGGCCCCCCGCAUUCCCCCUCCCCGGGCCCGGGCGCCCGGCCCUGGCGGGGCGCCAGGCUCGGCGGGUGACGCGGCGUUCUGGAGCCUCGACCGGCUGAGUCACUUUUUCCUUUCGGGCCGGGAGCCCUGCCCCGGCUCCGGCCCUUCCAGAAACUUCCCCGCGGGGGGGGGUGUGUCCUGGCUUCUCCCAGCAGGGGGGUGCUGCCCCCUGGCCCCCAAUCUUCCCUGUGGGGAGAUGGGGGGGUUCCCAUUUGCACUAGCCGUUUCCUGUUUUGGGCCACUGACCCCCCCCCACCGCUGCACUAGCCCCUUCCCCGCUCAGAGCGCCCCGUCUUUCUCCAUCACCCCCUCCAGGACCGGACCCCCCCCCUUGUAGGAAUUAGGACCCCGGAGCUGGCUCUGGGAUGUCGGUUCACACCCCCCCCCCAGAUGGCAAGACAGGGGGGUGGUAUAGGAAAAAAGGGGGGUAUCCCCCCAAAAAAGAGACCCCUAAUACGACUGUGUGGUUCAAGCGACUCCAAAAGUGUGGGGGGCCCCCUCGGCCUACCCAGCCAACUCCAGCCCCCCACGAUUCCUCCCCAAACCUGCCCCCCUAAAAUCCCCUCCUCUGUCCCCCCACCCCAAGCUGCUUCUCUGCCAAUGUCCCUAAAAUCUCCCCGUCCGCUGUGCCCCCCAAUCCACCCCCUGCCCCCCCAAAUCCUGCGCCUCUACUAUCCAGCUGCCCUCACUGGCCCCCCUCAGACCCCCCAAAAACUAGCACAUUUUAAACCAUCCAAUCUCUGGGUGGAGGGCUGCAUUACAGAUCUUUGGGGGGACCUGUCACCCCUUAUUCUGCAGAUCUUGUCCCCCCCAAUUGCUAGCACCCCCCUCCCCUUAAGAACCAGGUUCCUUUGCCUUCUUUUGGGGGGGACCCCAUGCACUCCCAUUCCCCUGUGCUGGGUACCCCAUGGGGGUGCAUGGGAGGAGGGGGGGUCUGCACCCCUUUGAUCCCUGACAUCUGGGUCACGAAGGAUUUGAGCUGCGCCGUGAAGGGGGGAGGGGGAUUGUGCCUCUCCCAGAAUCCUUUGUUGCCCUAGGAGGCGAGUGGGUCAGAUUUGGGGGAGCAAAGGGGUGUGUGGAUUUCCCUGUGGGGGUUGACGGGGUGGGAAUCUGGGGUUCAGCCCGUUUAUACAGCCCCGUAGCUGGGGGGAUGAUCUCCCUGGCUCAACCUGGGGGGAGGGGCUAAGGAGGAAAUGGGGGGGAGGAAA